GGAAAAGCAAAAAUUAAAAUUAAUGUUUAAAACUUUAAAUGAUCAGUCUCCGGAGUACCUGAAAAGCCUAUUUAAACCAUUCAGCACGGACUAUGGACUCAGAAAUAUUGAAAACAAAUUGGCUCUGCCUAAACCCUGUACCGAGUUUUCAAAACCUACUUUCUGCUACAGUGGGGCACAUUUGUGGAAUAGCCUUCUAUUUAACGUCAGAGCCAUUAGGUCUUUUAUUAACUUUAGAAAUGAGAUAAAUCGCCAACUGUCCUCCUCGUACUCCCACGCGGCAAACAUGUAAAUUAGUUUUUUAUUUAAAUCUUAAUCUUGUAGCUGAUGUUUUUACCGAGUCUAAAUUAAGUGUGUAUGUGUGAAGCCAGAGAAAGGAACACCUCUCGAGUGGAGCCUCCCCAUAUAGGCCAGUAUAUAUCAUGAGAGAGUACCCUGCCCCCGGGAUAUACUUUCCCUUGCCUUAUAUCGCAUACCACCUAGAGAGUCAACCGAAAAUUUAACCGUCAACCGUCAAAAACCGUCAUUGAAAGUAGCCCCUCCCCACCCAUCCCCCGUCCCCCUCAUCAAGACCCUCUUGUAAGGAUAGGUGACUGUUGCUGUUGUCGUGUCGGGCAAUUUUUGUAUCACGUGGGAGGGGACCUCCCCAUCUUCAACAAUGUCUCAUUGUUUCGAUGAACUAAAUCUCAAAUCCUUAAUAGAUCGCAGGAUUCUGAUCAUAACAACUGGGGGAGUUUUUCAGCAGGUUUGUUCCAGUGUAGGCUCCGGGCUCUGGCUGGAAGGGUCUGGCUGCGGCUGGAAGUGCCGAGCAGGAACUGGCAGAUAGCGAAGUGGCCGAGAGGGAUUGGGAUGUGGAGUGAUCGGGCUCUUCUCUCCUCUUUCUUCUCGCUUUCUCUAGCUCUUCGCCACAUCCUUAAAUAGAGAGCCUGUCCACAGGCUAUUUCCAGUGAAACUUUCGGAACCUUUCGUCUGACAGAACUGCAGACCGCCGUUUUAAAAACCUUAGAUGGUGGUUUUAAAACGUUCGGUCUCUAUAGGAGUGAAGCCUCUCUUGGUUUAUGGUAAACCUUUACAACUGGGUUCUACCGGCAAACAGGUUUUUCCAAGAAAGCGGUAUUCACUAACGCCCAAGCCGGUUCCAGGAUGCAUUUCGCAACACUUCCACGCCGAAGGUUUUUUGAGUUCCACGCCACGCCCCCGGCAAACGACCAAAGUCCCAAACCGAUCUGUUCGCUGGCAAAGUUUGGUCUCAAAUGGAUCGUGCACGAUACCCGUUAUCGAUCAGGGUACAAUACUCUAUAUGGGUUAUAACGAGAAGUUAAAACUCCAAUUGCACGCCGCUACGCCGCAAAAAUUGAAAGGCCACGCUGAAGCGUAACCCUGAAGGAGAACCAAGAACGCAUAUGCCCGCAUCAUGUCAGCGGCUUGGCUAGUUACCAUUCUCCUCCCAGACGAUUUUGGAAUAUGGCGGCGCACACUUAGCGAAAGAACGCUUUCCUUUUCACCCAAGGGAAGAAUUUCACGGCCAUAACACCGAAUUUUCACGAUCCAAAUAUCAAAAGACACGCGAAAAGCUUCUGUCCUCAAACGAAGAUGCAGUCUAAUUCUUACCAUAACAGACAGCCCCAUGCUCCAAAUGUUGAGUUAUAUCAGGAGGUGUUCAGAGUACUGGAUGAUCUCGGAAUGGCAGACUUAAAACUGACUUUUCAGGAACAUUGUAUUCAGGACCAGACACUCAGCUAUGUUGAAACAGAAGAUGAACUUAAACAAAUCCUCAGGGAAGUAGGAAUUCCUCUUGGAAGAUGUAUUCCGAUAAUGAAAUCAUGGAGUAAACGUUAUUCUAAUCAAGAACAAUUUAAGAAUCCCACAAAGGUUGCAACGGCAGAUAAAGCCUCACAGACCUCUUUGGAAGCCAUUGAUGCAAGUAUACAGACUGAUGAUAUUUUCAUUACUGCUGCCGACUAUAACAGAAUUCUUAACAACAUGGCAGACAUGAACAGUCAGCAAGAGUUACUUAAUCACUACGCCGCCUUGGCCAGCGGUGAAUAUAACUUAAAACUAAAUGAGGUCCAUAGUGGGGCCCUAUCUUCAGCUCAGGUCACUGCUUCCUACGGUACACAGCAGGUGGACCCUUAUACUGCUGCACAAAUGUGGUCCAAUUUAAGUCAGUAUCCAGAGUACGCUGCCAAUGUAUAUGGAGCCUUCCUGCAGACCCCGGCUGCAAGUGUUCCAGCUAAUAUAGUUUCGGAUGGUGCUGGAAAUCAAGCGGUGUUUAAUCAUAAUGUCGGUGGGGUAAACCAUGUUACAACGGUACCUUCUCACGCGCCGACUCAGGAGGUGGUCCAUCAACAGAGAGUGGCAGCCAGCAUCCCUGAGCAUAAAGAUAUAGUUGAUGAGAGGGAGGAUCUGGCGAUUGAGCAAUCAUUGAAAGACUUUGAAAACAUGGAACUGGAAUCUCAACAUUCUUAUGCCUCUGCUCUGAAUACAGCUGAGACCGCAGGACUCAGCCAGGACAGCCAACAUAGUUAUGGUUCUAAUACAGAUCACGCUUCUUAUUAUACACCAACGAGUCAAAGACCUCCAGCAAGUUCUAUCAGUCAACCACAGACCUGGCAUACGCAAUCUGCUCCGAGGCCAGCGCCGCCUGAGAAAGCAGAAUCCAGCCACUUUUCAAAAUGCGAUGAUAUAUCCGUAGAAAGUGGUACGUCAAGAUUGCCGUCAAGUUUACAGAGUGUCGGCCCUCAGACCCUACAAGGCUAUUUAGAUAGUUUGCCAGAAUCAAGGGAAUACAAGGAAGCCAUGCAGAGCAGAAAUCCUAAGAAAGGCUGGAAACCGGUUGACGGAAAGCACAUAACGUCUGGUAAAAAAGUGGCGUUCAAGCCAAUAUUUUGGGAUAAUGAAGGACGCAUGCGCCAUGGGACACGUGUUAGAGGCUCAGAUAAAUCCGAGGAGUGUUGGCGUCACGUGGAAGGCAAGGCCCCAGCAGGGUGCACCUUUGCGCACUCGCGUCUUGGGGACACCCUACAAUUCAUCUGUGUGAAAUGCACUUAUGAGAGAGGCCGCAAUGAUUGGUGCUCGGAGAAAACAAAGCAUAAACAAUACAUUUUUAAUCUUGGUGCGUAUAGGAACUUAGAAGGUGGUAUAUGGAAGAAAACGUCUUAAUGUUUAAAACAGUCUUGGUGGUACUGAAUACUGGUCUCUUUUACUGUCGGAGGUAAAUUCAGUUUUAAAUUCAUGUCAGGGAGUGGAGGGUAAGUCAGGAGAAGAUGAAGUUUAAGAGAGUUAAUCUUCCAUCCUAAGAUAAUCCCUCCCAAGUUAUUAUUAGGCAUGACACCCAGGUUAUCCGCGGAUAACGCUACCACGCGCGUUGCGUGGAUACCACGCGCGUUGCGUGGAUACCACGCGCAU